AUGGCGUAUUAUAUUGAGACAAUUGCACCUGAAAACUUUGAUGCACAUACGUCUUCAUCAUCCUCAUGUUCAUCUGAUCCUGAGGAUGAUGGGCGUGUUGAUGGCUCAUUGUCUCCUCGUUUAUUACUGACACUAGCUAUUCAGCGGCGUCGUGUAACAUACAACAGCAAAGAACGUGACUUACGACGAGAGUUACUGCAUACUAGUGUGAUUCAGUCGUUGUGCAAGUAUCUUGGUGAACGCCGAGCCAGACGGCGUCAACAACGCCGCCUUUCGAGACGUAGCCGAAGAAGGAGCAAUCGAACUAAUCGGAAACGUGAGUACUCGUCGUCCUGUGGGUUGGAGACAUACUCCGGAGUUAGUGCCCACCCGGGGGUCGUCGUGGAUAAUUAUCCGAAUUAUAUGGAUUUAGCUGCUAAUGAAGCAGAAAGUGGAGGUAUAGAAAGUGGGACUAAGCAGUUUGUUGGUUGUAACGACAGUUUGUUGAGUUUGUACCAAGAUAACUGUGUUCAGUUGCCUGGUUCGAAUGGUGUGAAAGCUGACAAUUCAUUGGUCGUGUUACCGCCGCCACCACCGCCACCGAUUUUGCCAACACCACCGGCUUCCAAGAAAGCUCGUUGCAGUUAUCCAGACUCAGAUCCUUUUGGUUUGGACAAAUUAUUCGAUGAAUUGUAUGGCACUCCAACCAUUUCAUCAGGUUGCCGUGACAGACGAAAUGAUGUGAGCAAUCAUUCUCAUGAAAGUGCUAUUACGUUUGAAUGUGGAAUGUUUGGACGAGGAAUUGUUAAGAUUGCACUGUGUGGUUGUCGGCGGCGACGUCGCAUGAUGAUUUAA